CAUAGUUGAGAUCUUAUGCGGAGUGAAGUGUGCCGCCGUGACCUGGGCCACGAGUACGGAUACGGACAUGAAGGAGAAAAGGAAAUACGACGACAACCACGGACGAUCCGACCAUGGAGUGGCUAGAGGAAGAAAAGGCGAGCGGCCCAGCCGCGCGAAUGGUUAAUACGAUAGUCGUAAAUUAAAUGAAGGCAAUAGUGGGCUGCCGCAAAUGAGGCUUGCCCGUCUGAACAGAUACUGGCACAACGUUGGUCAACGAUGCGGAGAUGAGGUACAACUGUGUGAGUCUACCUGACGAUUGUUGGCCCAUUUCUCAGGACGAGGUCGUAGUGGUGAUGCAAGGCUCGUAGGGCUAUGUGAGUAAGUCGACCACGGCAUGGAAGGUAUGUGGGUAGACACGCCUGCAAACUCGGACUUGACCGUCAGACCCGGCCAAGUACGGUUCCAUGCCGCACAGCCCUGGAGACUCUCGAUGGUCGAGCUUGAGAGUUGGAUACUACGCCGAGUUGCUGGAUAUCAUGUCGAACCUAGUCGGAGGAGGCUUGGCUACCAGGUGCAUAUUAGCGAUGGGCAAACACCUGGGUCCUGUUGUGGUCAUCGGACAAGCUGGUCAGGCGGUAGACAAGAGAUGUGGUUGGCUGAGGGAGCGAUUUCGCGCGAUGUCACGGCGGCUCGCGGAAGUUGGACCCUGGCCUGGGUGGGAUCGUCUCAACGGACCCUGGCAAACCUAGGCCUGGUGUUUACACCCCUCACCCCCCUACCCCCUAGUCGCAUACGGGGUAUAAGUUGGUCUAUUAUCGCGAUGGAUUGGGUCAAGGUUGGAGAGAAGUCGAAGGAACUCGACGUCGUAUUCAAUGAAAUGGAAUUGGAAAUCAAAUUAGAAAGCGGUAUGGCGCGAGGGCCGGGAACCUGCUGCUGAGAGGCAUGGUCCCUUCAUAUGAGCGGAAUAUUUGUGUGGCGGUCGAAAGAGUCGCGACGGCGUGCAGAAA